AUGGCGACGGGUAUUUUGAAGUUGGCGGCCAUUUUGACGCUGUCUACGCCUGCCGUCUUUGGACAAAGUCGUGUCGGGGCAGCUGCAUGUGACAAUGCCUUCAUAAUAGAUGGCUCGGGAAGGGCCAUGGUGGACGGCGACUGCACCCGCUACAUACACUGUGACUUCACGGACGCCUUCCAGACCCAGGCCUUUGUAAUGGACUGUCCCGACACCCUCUUCUUCAACCCCUCCACUCUUGUCUGUCAGUAUCCAGAGGACGUCCGGUGCCCGUACGACAGGUGCGUGGGGAAUCUCAACGGAACCUACCAGCUGCCGACAGAUCGCUGCUCCGAGUAUUGGACAUGCGUCGGGGAGAGGACGUUCGAGAAGCGAUGCUGCCCGUUUAGGGAAUCAUACGACCCCAAUAGAGGUUGUGUUCGAGAUUUAUCGUGUGAAGAGCAGUGCCCACGGGACUUUAUACCUCAAAAUAUCACAGAAUGCCACCCUGCCUUCAAACUCUCGUUCCCUCCCGAGCAGACCUUCCGAGAUUUCAGUGGCUACGAUUCUGAUGUCAGGAACUCUAAUGCCAUGGGCGCCAUCGACCAGGAUACGCCAUCAGGGGACCGAGGAGCCGCAUUCUUCGACGGGGUCCAGAGUAAAAUCGUGUCUCGACGCUUCAAUUUUGCAGAAUUUGGAUACGUUCCAAAAUUUAGUGUAACGUUCCUCGCCGAUGAUGCCGGACAAACGGGCGAAAUUGCUCUGCUGACCAACAACGCCUGUGAUCAGCCUCCCACCGUCGAACUGUACCUACGCCCUGCCACCUCUACGAUUGUCGGGAGAAUAUUAACUUUUGUAGGGGAGAUUUCCAUAGAGAACUCAUAUACCAGAUCAUCUUGGAAUACAGUGGUACUGGGAUAUGACGGACAAAGUCUGUCUCUGGACGUCAACGGAAAUGUGAACUCUUCGCCACCUACUGGCAACCCAGCUAAAGUUAUUCCCAUCCAGUGUUCCUUACAGAUUGGGUAUGGACAGUUUAUGGAGAGGUUCAAGGGUCAUAUAGACGAGGUGAUAUAUUAG